GUAAACACUGUUUGGACGAGGACAUACCAAGUUACUUCGUGGCCCAUGCUCGCCUAGCGGACCGCAUCAUGUUCCAAAUCGAGUAGGAUGAUGUUUUGCCAACCGCCACGCUUAGACCAAGCUCUGGGCAAGACAUGAAUACGCGCGCGCCAUGACGGGAGCCACUUUGCACAGAGCUUUGCAUCCAAAACAAAUUCGUUUUAGAUUGACGCACCAUCAGGUAAACGUGCAAGCCCGCAUGGUGGUGAGAUGCAGGUUGUUGCGAUUUUUGUCUUUUUUUUUUUUUCUCCUAGGCCUUUGCCUUGCAUCUGCUAGAACUAGAAGCAAGAAGUGUAAUACAAUAUUCCUCUGGGGACUGCUGGCCUUGCAUCGCUGCCAGAGGUGUUGUGCGCAUUUGAUCAUGCACGCGUGGCAACAGACCCAAAACUCCGAAAUGUCAAACCAACGUUAUCUGCUAAAGCAGAAUUCAAGAGCCUCCUUCCCACCGGAACUGGUUGCUCCUUUGUUCAAAUGCAAUGUAACGCUCAAAACGGGUAUAGCAAAAAUAGACAGAGAACGGGUAGUGCCCCCUUCCACUCGUUUUCUUCAAUGUUGUGAACAUGGGGCGAGUCGCACGUAGAAAUCGGCCGCGUGGCAAGCU